AUGUGUAAUAAGUAUAGGCUACAUCUUUUAAACCAAAUUAAUCCAACUACUAACACAUCUUCAUAUAAACAACAUCAAUUAAAUAAUGAUCUUUAUAAAUUAAAAAAAAAAAUGGAGAAAAAUAAAGUACUUUUUAACAAAGAUGAUAAAAUGGACAUUCUAAGUAUGGACACGCUUAAGCUGGCGGAUGAAAUCAAAACAAAAAUAAUUGCACAACAGCUUCACACAGUUUUAGUUUUGUAUUUGCAAAUAUUAAAAGAAAAAAAGAUCGAAGAGAAAAAUAUCAAUGAUGAUAUUGGACAAUAUAUAGAAAACGUUAUUAUCUCGGCACUGCAAUUAUACUCACUAAUAGAAAAACAAACAAAAGAUCGAAAGAAAUGUUACAUAAAAAAAAUUUGUCAAUUAUGUAACACCUUGUCAAAUAUAUUAAUAGAGUAUAUAAAAAAUAUUAAGGGAAUACAAGUUCAACAUAAUUCAUCUAAAAUAAAUGAAAACAAUCAAAAAUUAUUAAUAGACAGUUUGGAAAAUUCUAAUAAAUUGUCGAAAGAAAAGUCUACGAGGAGUAUAGAAAGCUCAAAAGAGAAAAAUGAAAAUGUGUUUGAAGGAACAUCUGGAAAGUUAAAUACCGUUUCAUAUCCUUGCGGUUGUGUACAUUCACAAGAUAUGAAAAUAAAAGAAAUUUCUUUGGAGAAUGAGUUUUCAAAAGGUUAUCGCUUAAUGUGUUUAUAUAGUGCUCAAGAAUUAAAUGAACAAAUCAAUUACAAUAAGAAUAUAAUAAACAACAGCUUUAAGACUUUUCAAAAAAAAUACUGCAACGUAAAACUUCGUGAUAGAAGGGAAUUAAUUUAUAAAUUUCAAAAGAUUUUGGAAAAUAAAAAUAUCCAAUUUUAUGACAUAUAUAAAGGAAAUGUUAAAAGUAAUAUUGUGAGUAACCAAGUUAAUAAUAAUGCUCAGGAAUUUCAUACAGAUUUAUAUGAUGGUUGUUCAUAUAAUAGUAACCAUAUAAUAAAAAAUGUUGAAGAAAAAGGUAUACGUCAUUUAAUUAAUAUUCUAUUACAUACAAAUAAAUCAAUAACUACAUUUGAAAUAAAUUCACAAGGGAAAAUUGAUGCAAUUAUACAGUUUUUACAAAAAAAUGAGAAAAAGAAAGAUAUCAUAUUAUUAAAUGAAUACGAAUAUUUCUUUACUAAUACGGAUGACUAUACACAAAAAGAGAAAAACAAAAACAGAAGGAAAUAUAGGGACAGAGAAAAUGUCACAUGUAAUAACAGAAUGGUAAAACGAACUUAUAAAAAUGUUGAUGAUAAUAAUAAUAAUUUAAAAGAAGAGAAUGAAAACAUUUAUUUUUAUGUUGGUAAUAAAAAAAAAAUAGUAUUUGAUAUAAAGAAAAAACAAAAGAUAGUUUACGAAAUUGAUGAAAAGAAUUCUUUGUUAACAAAAAAAAAAUUUCUAAAAGAUGAAAAUAACAAAGAUAUAUUAUUAAAAGUAUAUGAUGAAAAUGAUUGGUCAGAUGAAAACAUGGAGUUCUGUUAUAUUACUGAAAAAAAGGAGAAAGAAAAAAUUGUAAUUAAAAAAAACAAACAUGGAAAAAAGAAAACGGUUUAUACAAAUAAAAAUAAUGAAUUAGAUAAUAAUGUAAAGAAUUUUAUAUUCUAUAAGAAAAAUAUAAAGAAUGUAAAGGAAAUAAAUUUUUAUGAUGAUGAAGAGGUUAUUUUAUCUUUGCUUAAACAAAAUGAAGAGAGGAAAAAAUUAGAAGAUACCAAAGAUAAUUAUGAUAUUAAAAAUAUGGAAAACACCAUAUCGAAAGAUGAUAAUACAUUAGUAUGUGAAAAAAAUAAAAUACCAUCCAUAUGGAACAAAGCAAAAAAUAAAACAUGUACCAAUGAUAGGGAUAUGUAUAUAUUAGAACAUAAAUAUGUAGAAAAUAAAAAUGAUGAGAUAAAUGUAGAAUCUUUAGAUACAUACACAAAUAUUAUCACGAAUAGAAAAGAGUUUCUUUUAAAAAAGCAUUAUUUGGAUAAUCAACAAGAUAUAUCUUCAUUUCUAAAAAUCGAUGAUUAUUAUUAUUUUAAAAAAAAUGGGAAUGAUUCAGACACAAACAAAUUUAACAAAUAUGAUAAUGAUUAUAAAAUGUAUGAAACAAAUGUUAAGGGGAAUAUGGAUGAUACUAAGAAAUGCAUUGGAAAUAAGUUUGAUAAAAUGAGAAAUAAAAAGUUGGAUAACAUAAUAGCGAUAAAUGAUGAUGAUAAUAAUAAUAAUAAUAAUAAUUAUAUGAAUAAUGUUUGCUUGGAAAGUUAUAUUGAUCUUUAUUUGGAACCAAAGAAAAAAAAUGAAAAGGAAAAAAAAAAAAAAAAAAAAAAUUAUCUUAUAAAUAGAAUGAACACUUUAAUAUCAGGAGAUGGUAAAAAAAAUAUAUCAGAGGAAUAUAAUAUGAAUGAUAAAGAGAAAAUAAAAAUUGAAGAUUUUCUUUUUAAUGAAUAUUUAAAAAAGGUAAGUGUUCGCUCACAAAGUUUAAAAAAAAAAAAAGAAAAGAAACAUGAACAUGAACAUGAACAUGAACAGGAACAUGAACAGGAACAUGAACAUGAACAGGUACAUGAACAGGAACAUAAACAUAAACAUGAACAUGAACAUAAACAUAAACAUAAACAUGAACAGGAACAUAAACAUAAACAUGAACAUGAACAUGAACAGGUACAUGAACAGGAACACAACAAAAUAAAGAAAAUCAUAUAUGAUACAAAAAUAGAUAUGAAAAAGGAAGAAGAUACUCAAAGAAAGAUAGAAAAUAAUCAUAAUAUUAUAUCAAAUGAAAAGAAUGAUAUAUUACAAAUCCAUAACAUUGUAAAAAAAGAUAACAAGCAUAUGGAAAUUAAUAAAUGUUCAAAAAAUAAUGAAACUCAUAAUAAUUUACCUAUGAGUAAUGACCAGAAAAAUAAUAUAUUAGAUAAAAAUAACAAAAUGAUAGAUAAAAAUUUAUUAAAAAAAAAAAGUUCCUUACAAAUGAAUUCCUUUAAUUCUGACAAGAAAUUGUAUGAUAAUGAUAUUUCAAAUGUUAAAGAAAAAAAAAUAUAUAAUGAAAGAAAAGUAUCCCAUGAAAAUAGUAUGGAGAAUCAAAGGUAUGAAGAUGAUAAAAUGGGAAGAAAAUAUCUGAGCGAAGGAUUUUCUGCCUAUGUGCACGUUGCACUAUGUGAGAAUACUAUAAUAAGCAAAAAGUGUAUCAUUUCUUGCAACAUCAAUACUAAAAUGUUGAAAAUUGAAACAAAAGAAAAAAAAUUUAUCAUAGAUAUGAAUAAGCUACAUGUACAGGAAAUACCAACAACGUAUGAUAACUUGGCUAUAAUAAAAUUAAUAAUUAAAAAAAAAAAUAAUAAUAAUUCGAACUGUUUAUUGGUUGAGUCGAAAAAUUUAGGGGCAUUACAACAUCUUGGCGAUGAAAUUGGAUGGAACUAUGACAAGACAGGCUAUUCAAUGGAUCAUAAAUUCAAUGACGAAAAGGAAAAGAAGGAAAGGAGGAAAACGGAUGAUGAGCACAUAAAUAAUAAGCCCCAAUUAAUUGAUAAUAGCACAGUAGGAUUUUUUGAUAAAAUAAAGCUAAACAAAUUUUUAGGAAAGAAAAAAACAGAGGAGAAGGAUAUAUAA